GGUUCCAUUAAUUAUUUUUGUUUUCCAACUUCUGCAACUAUAUUCGUAGAUUACAACUAUUACAACUAGAUUAUCGUGUUUAUAUAUAUACAACCUUUCUUUGGUUUAACAAUAACUACACUACCCUUUGAAAAAAAAGAUAAAAGUGUUGAAUUAGGUAAGCCAUGGGGAUACGCGAUCUUAUCAAAAAGAAAGAUCAAUUAGAUGGUGGUGGUCAUGGCGGCGGCGUAGAUCGCGAAACUUUAGAUAGACUCGCCGGACCCGAGUUUACCUUCAUACGGUCUGAUACAACCACUCAAGAGAUCAUUCAUCCUCCGAGUUACCCGAGGGGAUCUAACGGCAAUAACAAUUACCUAACAGCCAAAGAAGCCGUAACGUCCCCUUCGAAGACGCGCCGUAGUCUUGACGUCUUCAGGCCGCGAUCGCGGGGCAGCAGCACAUCCUCGGUCCAGAACGACGGCUCCUCGCGCAAUCAACCCAGUGGCCACCACCGCCUAUCACAGCGCCUACACCUGUCUAAAGCCCCGCCUACGUCCGACUACGUGCCCGAAAAUCUACCGCAAAUCAACGUCUCGGCCGAAGAUGGAUCCGGUGGCGGCCAAGGAGGAGUCGGAGGGGCGGGUGUAGACAAGGACGCAUACGAGGGACAAUGGGAGAAGAGAGCGACGAUACUAGCCGAAGCGAACGAGAGAGGGCAACGCCGGGGCAGCAGAUCGCCUGGUGUCGUGUCGCCGUCUCGGUCGCCGUCUCCUUCGCCCUCCGCAGAAUUGGCUGGACUGCGGCUGCGCGAUGACGGGGGAAACGGAAACGGACACAAGACGGACGGCGUAGUCUCGUCAAAGGUGAUAGACGACAACAUUCAGGAAGCCAUCCGAUUGCACGAGGAUGGGCAGCUCGACCAGUCUACGCAGCUGUUUGGGCGCCUGGCCGAUCCCCAGGGCGCGAAUAACCCCCUAAGCCAGGUUCUUUACGGUCUUGCUCUAAGGCACGGCUGGGGUUGCGAUCCAGAUCCCGAACGAGCUAUCACCUACCUGUCGGCGGCAGCGUCGAAUGCGGCAGCGGUCGAGAGCAUGGCGCUACAGGCGGGCCUAAAGAAAGGAGGUGCCGCUAAGGGAGAACUCGUCCUAGCUAUCUUCGAAUUGGCGAAUUGCUUCCGCCACGGCUGGGGCAUACCGCGAGAUCCAGUCGCUGCUAAGCAGUACUACGAGACAGCGGCCAACCUUGGAGAUACUGAUGCCAUGAAUGAAGUCGCCUGGUGCUAUCUGGAGGGUUUUGGAUGCAAGAAAGACAAGUAUGCUGCAGCAAGGUACUACCGUCUGGCGGAGGAGAACGGCAACAAGACGCUAGGAAAUACAUGGUAAGUGUCACAUUUAUUAUCCCUUUCUCGUAAGCUACUCGUAUGACUAGUCUUUAUUUUCUCUUGGCGAGCCCUUUCUCCUUUGUCGUUUCGUCCCGUACGUCGGCGGCACAGCAAAAAGCUACGAGACCCCGGCCGUUGCGGGUGAGUGGUCUUCGGGGUAGACGAUAGGCUGUCCGUCUUUCCGGACAUAUUUGCAGAAGUUCGCCCUGUCUUUUUAUUUUCCCUUUUGACAACAAGGCUCCGAGCGGGUCUAGAACAAGGGUUCGCUUUUUGCUCUUUUUGGGCUCAGUCUCCAUCAAAAGACGGCCGCGAAAACGGGUCGCCGAGUUGGGGUCUAAACGAAUCAGAGCCUCAUCUUUCACCGAAUCCGGGAAAUGUCGCUCUUCGUUUCCUCAAUUCCAUUCUUACCCUCGUAUGGCGCUUGCUACCGUCCCACGUCCAUAUCCAAUGUAAAUGCCUCAGUUGCAGCGGAGCAGUCCGGUUUUGUUUACUCUGAUCUACCUUAACUCUGCGCUGUCCUACACUCCGUCUCGCUUUGCCGAGCUUCUCCGAAUCUAGCAUAUACCCAUCUACCUACGAGUGUAACAUUAUUUUUACUAACCAAUGACGCACGGGAUGCAGGAUUUGGAAGGACAAGUAUAAU